GAAUCACUCAAACCUCUCUUCCCCACAUCAUCAUUCUUCCCACAUUCAACGAAGCUUUCGAUCCUUGUCUUGUCCCCAAGACAAAAUGGAGGAUAUAUGGAAGCCAUCCAAGAAGGAGAAAUGGAGCAACGGCCAUUCAACGUCGUCGUCGUCGCCCUCAUCUUCGUCUUCUAAGUUCGCUCUUUCCAGGAGUUUCUCGGCCAAGACCACCUCCUCCAACACCCCUGGUAACCUCGCGAGGAGCGGCUCGCAGCGUUGCUCCUUGUCGUCGUCCAAGGGCUCGCUCUCCCGGAGCUGCUCCCACAAGGGCUCUAACAUCUCCCGCAAGUGCAGCAACAUGGCCAAGGAGCAGAAGGCGAAGUUCUACAUCAUGAAGCGCUGCGUGGCGAUGCUCCUCCGUUGGCACAAGCACGACGAUUCCUGACCCGGCGGGCUCGAGGACUAUACAUAUAUAUAGGGGGGACUGUCUGUAUGUAUAGUAUAGAGACGGAUCCGAUCUAGUAAAGUGGCUUUGCGAGAAAGAAUGAGCGGCUUUCGAUCCGGAGGAGCCGAUGCACGGUCCCGAUUUUGUUUUCUAUUUACUCUUAAUUUUUCUCCUUCUUCUCUCCCGGGAAUUGGAUGCACUUGUGAUUGUAUUUUGCCAUGUCGAGGGAGCUACGUACGGCUUUCUACACGGGGUUGUAAUUUGCAUCGGAUAUAUUUUGAAUCACACGAGAUCUCUCCA